CGCAUCCGUUUGAACGCCGUUCUACAAAGUGGUUUCUUCUCUAUCUAAGUGGUAUUUCUGAUUUUCAUUCAGAGCUUCUCAUCUCUCUCCUUAUGAAUUAUUAAUCCUGUGAAUUUUUUUGGGUGGUCUUUCUUUUUGUGUUUUUGCCAUUUGGGCGGUUUCGUAUUGAUCGGUUUAAGAGGCUCUGUGAUUGAUUUCAGGCUCUUGAAAAUCCACAAUCAUCAAUUUUUUAUGGUGGUUUUGUCAUUGGGCUAUUUGGGUGGUUUUGCGAUCCCCUGUUUCAGGUUUUCUGAUCAUUUUGCAUCGCUUAUAAAGCCAUAACCCUGCUGUUCAUUGUGCUUGUUGCGUCAAGUGGUUUCUUGUUAUCUCACCAUUUCCUCUUUUCAAGUGGAAAAACAGUACGAGUUUCUCAUCUGCGUCUUUUUUAAAUCACUGGUCCCUGGUUUCCCAUCAAAUUCAGCUUCUUUUAAGACCACUGUCAAAUUCUUCAAGCAGUUUUUCCCUUUGGGUGGUAUUGAAUCACCUGGUUUUCCAUUCCAUUUUCAAUCACCUCUCCCCAAAAAACAGAGUCUUUCAUAUCUUUGUCUAUUCCAUUUUACUACUUUUCUCAUUUGAACAAUCAAACUGUUCAAUAUGUGUUCUCAUUUGGGUGGUUUCUGAGUCCCCUGGUUUUCCAAUUCUAUUUCAAUCACUUCACCCCAAAAACCCAGUUAUCUCCAUUCCGUUUCUUUAACAAAAACCAGACACCUCUGGUUUUCCUCAUCAAUUUCACUUUCUAACAAGCCCAAUUAUCAAAAAGAGAAAGAGAAAAGAAGAAAACAACUCUUUAAAAGUUUUCACCACUCCAUCUCUUCACCAUUUUUUCUGUUUCUCAAUCCCUCCAUCUGGCUUCCAAAGCUGUUUUCCGUUAAGUAGGGCGGUUUCCCAUCGCCUCUUUUCCCAUUCUGCCCCCGAACAAUGGAACUAAUCCCCGGAUUACCCUACGAAAUUGCCCUUGCAUGCCUGAUUCGAGCAUCAUAUGAUCAAUUCUCCGUCAUCAAAUCCGUUUGCAAGCGUUGGCGUGACCUCGUCUCUUCGAAAGAAUUCGCCGACCUCCGAAAGUCCAGCGGUUUUUCCCAAAACUGCUUCUGCCUAGUCCAAGCCACUCAAAAGAGGUUUUCCGUUAACCCCAAGGGCCGCCACUCGCCGGAAUACUGCCUCUCCCUUUACGACCUUUCGGCUAAAAAGUGGGAAAAGAUGAAACCGAUGCCGGGAUUCGAGGCCGGAAUACCACUCUUUAGUCAGGUGGUCUCUGUGGGUCACAUGCUAGUUGUUUUGGGAGGAUGGAUUCCAGCCACUCUUGAAGUUUCCAGCCAAAUAUUCCUCUAUGACCUAAUUUCGGGCGAGUGGAGAAGAGGUAAAGAUAUUCCGGAAAAAUGCUCCUUCUUUGCGUGUGCCUCAGAUUCUGAUGACCGGAUCUUUGUCUCUGGCGGCCACGAUGAUUUCAAAAAUGCCCUCGCAUCGGGAUUCAUGUACCAUGUGUCACAAGACCAUUGGGAGAGGCUUCCUGACAUGAGCCGGGCCAGAGAUGAAUGUAGAGGGGUCUUUGCACGUGGGAAAUUCCAUGUGUUUAGUGGUUACAGGACAGAGUCUCAAGGGCAUUUUGAGGGUGACGUGGAGGCCUAUGACCCCGACAUGUGUACAUGGGGGCCAGUCCCAGAGGCCCAAUUGCCUGAUGACACGUGCCCUAAGCCGUGCAUGGUUGGGCCCACAGGUGAGAUGUACAGGUGCCAAAGAGAUGGGCUCUUCGAGUUAACACAUGGCAAAAGAUCCUGGCAACAGGUGGCAAUCAUCCCCGAGGGAGCGAGGGUGAAUCCGUAUGGGCUGAUAUGGCAUGGUGGGGUAAUCGUCGUGGGGUCAGGGAAGAAUAGUGGGACCCAGUGUUGGUACAUGUGGCGUGGGGAGAAUAGGUGGGACCCAAUGGAGCUGCCUGAUGGGUACUCUGGUUAUGUUCAAGAUGGUUGCUGUAUAGAGAUAUGAGCCUUGCUAUUUAAGGUUUUUUCUUGAAAAAAUUUUGUUUGUUUUUUGUGUACAUAUUAUGGGGAUUUGAAGAGUUUUCCUCUUGUUGAUCUUGCUCAUGGGAUCAUGUAAUGGAGUUGCAAUUUGAGCUCUUUAGUGAUUCUGAUGAUCCAAAGCUAUAGUUGUUUGAGACAGAGCAUGGUACCCUAGAUUUAACCCAUCAAUGAAACGGAUCUUGUCGUAUA